ACACCCCUGGUUUAAUUUAUUAAGUAAGGGGUUCAAAAAUAACCUCGAACUGUUCCUUUAACUCAUGAUGUCGCAGAAACCAGAGCGAGCAGAGGACGGGACGCUUGGUGAGGUAAUCGUGACUCUCGGGAUAGUUACUGCCUGACCACUUUUGUUUUCGGAUUUAUUUUUUUCCUUUUUCCUUACAGGUUUAGGGUUUUGUUAAGCUUGUGGGUACAACAGCAGGAGGAGGGGGGACACGGGUGUGUGAUUAAGUUUAUUCAGCCGGAUCCGGAUUAUUUUUCUUUUCUUUGCGAGCGUGUUUCCCUCUUUGCUGAAACCAUGAUGUGGUCCUCCUUCUUCUUUGGUUUAUUAAUCGCGUGUACAGGAAACCCUGCAAGUUCCUCCUGUUCAUUAAAAAUGAGUCCCUCUAGAGUUGUGGUGAAAUUUGAAGGCUCCUUUUCAGCCAACUGCACCUCACUAUCUAACGAUACCGAAGGAAUGGGCUGGGAGUCUCCAUAUGGAGGAGUGGACCUUACCCAGAAUGUCACUUCUCUUGACUUUAAAAUUGACUCUGUGCCAGAGUGGGAGUUGGGGCCAAUGUGUUAUACGAAUUCCCGUGAUGGUGGUCAGUGUACAGAAGUGUUACCAGUCACUGUUUAUAAAAUGCCAGACAGUGUGUCAUUGAGACAGAAUUCAACUACAGUGAAAGAAGGUGAACAGUUUGCCAUACAUUGUGACAUUGUUAAUGUUGCACCAGCAAGAAAUCUCUCUGUGCUUUGGCACAAAGGAAAUAAGAUCUUAAAUUCUGAGACAUUUGAUGACUCCAGACCAUCUCCAGUCAGUAAGUCAUCUGUCCUCACUCUGACUGCUCAUGGAGAUGAUGAUGGAGCUGAGAUCUGGUGUGAAGCAAAACUAAACCUGUGGCCAGGAGAACAAGGUCCAACCAUGAUGCGCUCAAAGUCACAUAGUGUGACUGUACUCAGGGCUCGAACAACCUUUGGAGUCAUGCUGGCAGUAGGUGUGGCCGUUGGAGUUUUGCUCCUCAUUGCUGGUGCAUUUUUUGUGACACCCAAUGGCACAUUCUCUUUCAACAAAAGCCGCUAUCAACCAGGAACUCCCUCAGGAUGAGUAUAAGAAAAUCCUGAAGGAGAAUAUGCAGCCCUGAACCUCAAGCAUGAUUGGAUUGUGCAGCAGAUCCAGAACAGACCAGCAUGUCCACCUCUGAAUGGCUACAGAAAAAAAAAUUAAUAAAUUAAGGCACCGUCAAACUCACAGGAAAUGCAAAGCAUUUAUAAACUGCCUUUCCUUAUCACCUGUCCUGACAGCAGUGCACACCGCAGUUUUCUUAUUUAACUUCACUCUUCCAUAUGUGCCAUAUUCAAUGUCUGUAUGAAAUGUAUAUUCAGUUUAAUAUUUGAUGUAAAUCCAAAACUUUAUGUUUAUUUAUGAGAAAAAGUAAAGCCUGAAUAACUUAGUGUUGAAAAUAAACCGCACACUGAUGUGUUAAUGAUCCGAAUUAUUGAAGGGUUAAUGGAGUUCAAGUUCUUCGUGUGAAGGCUGAGGAGAACUUUAUAACAUAUUUGUAUUUGUUUGUAUGUGCUGUAAAUAUUUGUCACUUAGGCAAAAGUGUAUUUUCUUAUUAAACAUCUUAUUGCUAUUAAUAUGUAUGUAAACAGCAGUUAUUAAUGUAAUAAAGGAACAUAAAAUAUACAAGGUUUUAAACCUCUUUGCCAGUAAUUCAGAAUAGCUGUUUUCUUUGGUUGUUGUCAUGAGCAAAAUUAAAAUCGAAAGGAAAAUUGUAGGCCUAGAUACAAACUCAGUAACCUAGCAUACAAGCAUACCAUUGUAUUUAAAUCACUAGGAGCACAAUAUAGUUUUGUCUCAGCCUGCUGCACAGACACAAGGUAUAUAUGGAAAAACUCUGCUCUGUCCUGCACACAGAUUUGAUAUCUCUAUAAAAGGCAUAAACUGCUUAUUUUGGGAACAUUUGGUGCACAUGAAACAAACGGCACCUGAAUUGGCAGUGUUUUGUUGGAGUCUGUCCUCGGGAGGGUGCUGUGGGAGAAUCCAAUUGGUUUUCAGGUAUGGACGCCUUCAAGUGCAGUCGGGAAUAUUGCUAUUAUAGACAUUUCUACCCAGUAUGAAAAGACGAAGCUCCAAGCCUUGCGACUUGGUUGUAUAAAAACUGCAUACAAAGUUAUCAUUUACAUGCUUUAAAAUUGAUGAUUGAAUGCUCAGUUUUUUUUGUUUUUUUUUAAUUGAGUAAUUAGCUGAAACUAAAGGUUGAGCCGAGGUUAAAUGAAACUAGUUGCUAUUCAGCAAACGUUUGAAGGUUUUAUUCAAAAUUAAAUUAAACGUUUAAUUUAUUAAGUAAGGGGUUCAAAAAUAACCUCGAACUGUUCCUUUUAACUCACGAUGUCGCAGAAACCAGAGCGAGCAGAGGACGGGACGCUUGGUGAGGUAAUCGUGACUCUCGGGAUAGUUACUGCAUGACCACUUUUGGUUUCGGAUUUUUUUUUUUUUUUUUUUUUUUGUCCUUACAGGUUUAGGGUUUGGUCACAGCUUGUGGGUACAGCAGCAGGAGGAGGAGGGACACGGAUGUGUGACUAAGUUUAUUCAGCCGGAUCUAAUUUAUUUUUCUUUUCUUUGCGAGCGUGUUUCCCUCUUUGCUGAAACCAUGAUGUGGUCCUUCUUCUUCUUUGGUUUAUUAAUCGCGUGUACAGGAAACCCUGCAAGUGCCUCCUGUCCAUUACAAAUGAGUCCCUCUAGAGUUGUGGUGAGAUUUGGAGACUCCUUAUCAGCCAAGUGCACUUCACUAUCUAACCAGACUGAAGGAAUGGGCUGGGAGUCUCCAUAUGGAGGAGUGGACCUUACCCAGAAUGUCACUUCUCUUGACUUUAAAAUUGACUCUGUGCCAGAGUGGGAGUUGGGGCCAAUGUGUUAUGUGAAUUCCCGUGAUGGUGGUCAGUGUACAGAAGUGUUACCAGUCACUGUUUAUAAAAUGCCAGACAGUGUGUCAUUGAGACAGAAUUCAAGUACAGGGAAAGAAGGUGAACAGUUUGCCAUACAGUGUGACCUUGUUAAUGUUGCACCAGCAAGAAAUCUCUCUGUGCUUUGGCACAAAGGAAAUAAGAUCUUAAAUCCUGAGACAUUUAAUGACUCCAGACCAUCUCCAGUCAGUAAGUCAUCUGUCCUCACUCUGACUGCUCACAGAGAUGAUGAUGGAGCUGAGAUCUGGUGUGAAGCAAAACUAAACUUGUGGCCAGGAGAACAAGGUCCAACCAUGAUGCGCUCAAAGUCACAUAGAGUGACUGUACUCUACCCACCAACCCUCACCAAGCCUGAAAAUGAGACUCUGGAAAUGACAGUUGGUGAAAAUAUAACUUUAAAUUGCAACGCUAAAGGAAACCCUCCACCAUCAUACCGCUGGGAAUUCCCAAAAUUCUCAAAAGAAUUUCACAACAAAGAAGAAGUGAUUGAGCCAAUUUUGACCCGAACAUUUGAGCUUCCAGGGGUCUAUACCUGCACAGCCUAUAGUGACCAAGGCACUGUGACCAAAUAUUUCAAUAUCAGCGAAGCUCCAAGGUCUCGAACAACCUUUGGAGUCAUGGUGGGAGUAGGUGUGGCCGUCGGAGUUUUGCUCCUCAUUGCUGGUGUAUAUUUUGUGACACCUAAUGGCACAUUCUCUUUCAACAAAGGCGGCUAUCAACCAGGAACUCCCUCAGGACCAGUAUAAGACAGACUUUUUUUUUAAAUUCAGAUUUGCAUGGAUAUUAUUUUUAUUUGUGUUAAUGAUUUUAUUUGGUGCUUGGACCCAAAAUUCUGUAACAUGCCUGUUGAUGGCCGAGGGACAUGUCUGCUCUGCAUGCUCCGUGGGUGUUCUUCUGUUCAAAGCUGUAGCUUUAAAAAUGCAUUAUCUUGUCAGCUAUCUCUAAAGCUGCACUAAUCAAUGCUGCCUUAACAAACAUAUAUAAUACAGGAAAUGUGUUUAAAUGCACCGCAGUAACCUUUAUAAGUCUGUGUAAAAAAAAAAUGCAACAGAUAAAUAAUUAGAUUUCAUCCCCACUACAGUCUUAUUUUGGAAGCAUGAUGUGCUUGCUGGCCUGUUUUGGAAAUCUUUACUACACAACUACUUCCUGUUUCAGUUUUAAUCAGGCUAAUUCAAACCUUUUUGCAUAUGGAUGCGAUGAUUUCCUCUCCUGCACAUUUGCACAAGUCUGUAGCUGAUGUCGAGAUGGUUACUUGAGUGCACAUAAACUCAUUUAAUGAAUCAAGCUGAUGUUGGACUCAGGGGAAUUAACACCUAACAGGAGCUCUUUUUUCUAGCUCAUCAUUUUGGUUUUAUGGCUUUCACAUAUACUGUAUGGUUUGUUCUGUGCUGAUUAUCAGCUUUGUGCUGCAGCAAAGCUCUGAUGAAGCCACUAUAUCCUGUCCAUGCAAAACUACAAAUGAAGAUGAAGUUCGUGAAGAAGUGCCUCACAUCUAUCAGAGGAAUUAAACGGAGCAUAUAUUUUGGACACAAUUGCUGUAAUACGUUGAUACACCUAUAUAUGGUCAGUAGAGUGGAUUUCUCAGCUUUUUGUGCGGUUGUGCUUUUGGGUUAUGUUUCUCAUCUAGUAAUUGUGUUAAAAAAAAAAUAUUGUUUUUGUUAUUCAUAUGACUUGAUAAUUAGGUACUAUUUAAUAGCAACUCUUGCCUCAUCUGAAUUGUGGACCUCUUGUGUGUCUUUAAAAAAAUAACAAUUCAUCAAGAAAUACAUUAAAUAUUUGCAUUAAAAAACUAAUUUUUUUUAAGCAAAAUUAGCAAUUCUAUGUCAGCAUUUUAUGUAUUCAUUUUGUUUCUACUCAUCUAAGCAUGUAAUGCUUUAGAGGUACUUUAUAUGGAAUUACUUGAGAGCACAAUGUAGUAAUUACUUUUCAUUUUGGGAUAUGCAUAAGUUAUUCAUAUUUCUUUCUCUUUUUUUGUAAAAUUUGAUUUCUGUACGCACUGGUACAUCUUUUGGAUCGCUUCAUAAUUUUUGCACUGAAUAGACUGAUGGAGUUUAUCAAGUAUUGCGCCAACUUUUGACAUGACACAACAGUUGUUUUACUGAGUCUGCAUUGUACCAGAGUUUGUCUAAUUGUACCAGUGACAUGUUUAAAAAAAAACACUACAUGUGUGUGAUUGUGAAUGCUUAAUUAAACAAGAGCGUGAGAGAGCUUAUGAAUCCUCGAGGCAAAGUCAAA